GUUUCAUUUCCGUUUCGAUGAAAAUUUAAAAUUCGUGCCAGAUUUUAGUUUCAUUCCAGUUGAAAGAACGCAAACAACCAAGAAGACCUGCGGCGCAUUCGAAAGUAAAAAGUUGUGCAUACACCUACACCUACAACUUACUUUUACAAAAUGAAGCCAAUAUUAAUAUUUGUGUUCAUUGGUGCCUGCAUAUCAACAGCAUUUGGCAUCGAAUGCUACGAUUGUGAGUCUGCGACUGAUGCUCGUUGCAAUCAAUAUCUCGAGCCUGAAGGAGUCCGAACAACCGAUUGUGAUGACGCGGAUAUGCCAGAAUAUUUGCAUAAGUACGAGCGUCGCAUAGCAGCCACUGGCUGUUUAACGAAGGUGCACGAAGGCUUUGAUGGCCGCCGAUUUUAUAUUCGUCGUAGCUGCUACUUCGGUGACCCAGAAAAUACUGAUGAAGCUUGUGAUGCACAGGAUCCAUUUGCGCCAUGGGCCACUUUGCUUUCAUGUACAGUCUGUACGGAUGAUUUGUGCAACGUAAAUGCGAUCAAUACAGCUCAGCACAGCGUUAGUGUGUGGCGAAAACUUACUUUGCUCGGACUAACUUUGACAGCAAUGGCUGUAAGUCCAAUUUGUGUACUGUUUUAAUUAUUUCUUUAAUGAAAUCCAUGUAGUGUGUGUA